GAUCCCCCUGGGGUGUCAGGCCGGUGGAGGGCCGCUGGGCUGGAGCGCCCGAGGCGAGAGCACGCCUGGGGCUGCGUCCGUGAGCCUGGGGAUAACGUAGACCCUGAUCCGCGAGGAGAGAGGCCUCGGUCUGACUUGCAGUGAUCGGCGAAGGAAGAAUGAACGCCUAGGUCCCGAAAAGGAGAUAGCCGAGGAAUCGGAUUCCUGGAUCCGUAGAUGAGAGCCAGGACCCCUCAGGCCCCGGAGAUCUCCAGUUGAACUAGGGAGAGGACCGUCCAAAUGAGCCUUCCAAGAGAUGGAGAUGGCCAAAGCCCGGAACCAGCUGGAUGCUGUUCUUCAGUGUCUGCUGGAGAAGAGUCACAUGGACAGGGAACGCCUGGAUGAGGAAGCUGGGAAAACCCCCUCCGAUACACACAACAAGGACUGCGCCAUUGCUGCCACUGGCAAAAGGCCAUCUGCCCGCUUCCCCCACCAGCGGAGGAAGAAGAGGCGGGAGAUGGACGAUGGGCUGGCUGAGGGGGGGCCUCAGAGAUCCAACACAUAUGUGAUCAAGCUGUUCGACCGGAGUGUGGACUUGGCCCAGUUCAGCGAGAACACACCACUGUAUCCCAUCUGCCGUGCCUGGAUGCGCAACAGCCCCGCAGUGCGAGGGCGGGAGCGGUCACCCAGCUCGCCGCUGCCCCCUCUGCCUGAGGAUGAAGAGGGUUCAGAGGUCGUCAACAGCAAGAGUCGCGAUGUGUACAAGCUGCCUCCGCCCACAGCCCCUGGACCCCUCGGAGAGGGCUGCAGAUCACGAAUUCCGUCCCCACUGCAGCCUGAGACCCAGGGCACCCCCGAAGAUGAGCCCUCUGAGCCCGAGCCUUCGCCCUCCACGCUCAUCUAUCGGAACAUGCAACGCUGGAAACGCAUUCGCCAGAGGUGGAAAGAGGCGUCUCAUCGGAACCAGCUCCGCUACUCAGAGAGCAUGAAGAUCCUGCGGGAGAUGUAUGAUCGGCAGUGAUGGUCCCAGUCCCCUCCCCAAUAAACCUGCCCCCACCACA